GAUUAACAACAAGCUCUUAGGGGGAAUGAACAAUUCAUCACAUAAUGUUGAUAUUUCCUCAUCGACUUUAAAAAAUGAAAGCAAGAUGCCAUUACACAAUACAACCGAUUCUAACAAUAGCUAUUCGGUAAAAAAUAUUUUAUACAAAAGGGAAUGUAAUUCAGAUGAAUUGUCUCCUGCUGGCAUGGCACAGGAUAACAAUGUCAUUGGGGAGGACAUUGACGGGAGGUACUAUCAACGCUUGUACAGGUUUUAUGAACUAUAUAACCCAGAAAAACUUCAUUUGGUUACAAAAUACUUACUUAAAUACCGAGGUGAAGAAGAACAGCUAUUUGCUAUUCUAGUUAGUAAGUACGGACCUGAGCCAAGUGAUGGCCAAACAUUGCCUAAGAGUAACUUAGCUUUGUGUUCUAGUGAAGGUGAGUCGGUAAUGCAUUAUUCUGGAAAGCGUUGCCGAUUUCCAAAACGUGUCUCACCUCAAGAAGGUAACACGGAUUGUGAAACCCCAUAUUGGGGGGGUUCUAACCUCAUUAGUGACCGUGAUCUGCUAUAUUUGUUGCUCCACUUGGAGACUCAAAACACUGAACUUCAAAAAUGUUACAUGGGACUUUUUACACAGCAUCCAACUGACGCUUGGAAUGGUAUGGCAUAUAUCACUAGAGCCGAGUGGAUGGUGAAUCCGAAUAACAUGCUUUUAGGACAUGCUUGGGUUACUAACCAUGAUAAAGGGAAAAUUUUAUUCCAUGAAAGUCGUUCAUUCAGACGUUUUACCUUUUAUUGUAGUGAAGAAUGCCAAAAAAAUGGAACUCACGAGAGAUGGCGUUUGACUAUUUAUCGUAGUGAAGUCAAUUCACUCAUUCUUUUAAGAACUAUUUGGGAUCCCAUAGUAGUUCCAGAGCCACUACCCCUAUUGAAUUCGAAUUUGUCCGAAAGAGAGGCAAUUUCUUCUUCCGAUAUUCCAUCGUCACGUUUAUUAACUAUGGAUUCAGAAUCGGGAUCGAGUUGUUCACUUUCUCAACCGGAGCAACCCUCAUUUGGAAUGUGUCUUAGUUAUGUCAGUAAACUCAUCAAUCAAUUAGAAGAAAGACUCGUAACGCGCUUGAACAUGCUUGAGGAGCGAAUAAGCAACCUUGAGCAAAAAAAUUCAGUAUAG